AUGCUACUAAUUGUUUUCGCGUUCAUCUUGAUCCUCGCCCUUGCCGGCAUCGUCGCCACCAUCGCCGUCCUCAGGUCCGGGAGCGCCACCCCCUCUAGCACCGAGCCCGCCGUCGCCGCCGCCGCCGCCGCCGCCGCCGCCGGUGGCCUGACCUCCCGGGCGUGCGUCAGCAAGCGCCGCAUGCCCCGCAUCGGGCUUGGCGUCUACGCCGGCCAGGAGGCCAAGGGCCUCAACGCGGGCUUUGAGUGGCGCUACUACACCAUGGCCGAGCUCAGCCCCACCACCCGCGGCGAGUACGACUGGUCCACGCUUGAAAAGGACCUCGCCGGUGCCCAUUCACGCGGCCGCCCCAUGGUGGUCCGUAUCCAGGACCAGAGCGGCACCAACAGCGGCGACGACAACAAGUCCCUGCUGCCCUCGUACGUCAGCCAGCCGAACAAGGUAACGGUGGACGGCUUCGUGGGCGUCGACUGGUCAUCGGCCGACGUGCAGCAGUUUGAGCUCGACUUCUUCACCGCGUUCGCGGCCAAGUUCGACAAGGACACGCGCAUUGCAUUCCUGCAGGUCGGCUGGGGCUUCUGGAGCGAGAGCCACCUGUACCACGACGGCAAGGACCAUCGCCAGCACGGAGUCAACUACCCCACGAAAGAGUACCAGGCCAAGUUCGUGGACCACCUGGCCGGCCUGUUCAAGUGCCUGACGUUUUCGUUCAGCAUCGAUGGCGCGUUCAGCGGGCUGCCGCUCGACGAUCUGCGGUACGGCGUGUUCAACGACUCGCUCACGGCCAAGGGCAGCAGUAGCCAGGACACGUACUACAAGCAGCUCAACUUUGCCGAGCGCAACAAGACCCAGCCGAGCGGCGGCGAGUUCCCCGACUCGAUCAAAACGCCGUUCGGGGAGGCCUCGCUCCUCGAACGCGUCAAGCAGUACAAUGUGCAGUACGUGUUUGCCAACCAGCAGCGCGAGGACCCGAACUGGGACAGCGCGGUCGCGGCCGUGAUGCAGACAUGA